ACAAAAAAAAUAAAUAAAUGGGUUUGCUUUACUAUUUUCAGAUGCUGAGAAGAAAAUAUUUAAGUAAUUCUAUGAAUAAAUAAAAUCUACAGUGUAAAAUGAGUGCAAUGAUAAAGGAAAUAAUUAAAUCUCCAGCAUUGCUGUUCAGAAAAUUGUUAUCACAUUAAAAAAAAAUAAUAAUAAUAAUAAAGUUGUAAUAAUUGUUUGUUAUGUAAAAUCAUUACAAAGUAUGUGAUGUAGAUAUUUAUUGUAUGUAUGACAGCAAAUGAUGAUUUAUUUUCAUCAAAGAAAAUAUUGAUCAAAAUGGUUUUUCGUCAUUUAAAGUAUUGAUGUGAAAUACUAUUUUAAGAUAAUUAUUACAGAAAAACAUGGAGGAAACGAACUAAUAAACCCUAACUUAUCUUUUUCCUCACUGAAAAUUAAGAAAUUCUUAUUGUACUUCUAAAUUGAUAGUUGGACUUUUUCGUAUUUUCCGAUUCUGUAGAGACUAUAGCCAUUUUCCUAACAACAAAUAUUGAUUUCUUUAUAGUUUCAAAUUAAUUUACAUUAAUUCAUUCAUUUACAAGCAAAUAGCAGUGCAAUGAUCAUCUGCGGAUUUUUCAGUACCGAAAAUAUAAAUAUCUUAUAUUUCACGUCAAAUAAAAUCUCGUUUUAUUUAUAACAUACUAAGCCAAUGGAUUCAUUAUUAAAAAAAUAAUUGGAAUUAAUUAGUAUGAAUUAUAAGCAAUAACGCAAUUUAGGAAGUGUUGUUAUGAUGCAAAGCGGUAAAGAGUGCAAGGUUAAAUGUUGUUUACAUGUAAAAAUCAUUACGUCGACAAUUAUAAUUAAAAAUAUACGAGUAUAUGGCCAUUAUGAUAGCUGUUAUCGUGUUCAUCAACGCCAAUUACUAAUUUGACAUACUGGAGAAAAGGAAGAGGGAUCUCCAGCUGGAGGUGGUUAAGUAUGCCAUGAGACAGGUCGUGCCGCAUGCGGCAGUUGUACCGACGGUGUCGAUGCCUCAAGAAGACGAAAAGAAAUCCCAACAUCCUCGUUCGGAUAAAAACGUCUUCUACGAACAAUUCAAGCCAAUGUUUGUCAUUUUGAUCCUGUUCGGCCGGCUGUCGAUAACGAGAAUCAAAGGUAAGUAUGAAUGGAGGUACAUGUCCUUGCUGAUGAUCUACUGCAUUGUCAACUACGCACUGCAGUCCUACAUAGUGUUUCUCGUCUGUAAGAAGAGAUUCGACUCUCUAAUGGAUGCACAGAGGAACUACGACGAGCUCAUAUUCGCCAUGCACAUACUUGCUUAUCUGAGCAUCCACUUCCACUUGCCGUUUACUUACUGGGCUCAAGGUCCUAAGCUGGCCGAGUACAUCAACAUGUGGAAGAGAUUCCAAGACGAAUGGUUUCUCACGUUCGGCGAUGAACUGAAGCUGAGCCUGAAACGGUUCAUCCGUUGGUUUUCUUUUUCGACCAUCCCGAGCGUCGUGCUUCUGCUCGUUUUCGAAAAGUACUCGACACUCCACGACCCAUGGCUUUACCUCAUGCCAUACCUGUUCACCAUAGUCAGCACCAUGCUCGCCCUCGGCCUGUGGUACUGCACCUGCAUCGAAAUCAACCGCCUAUCUAAGAAAUCGACUGUCAGGCUGAUACAGCACAUAGAGACGAAACCGAAUGCGGCCUUUCUUCGUCAGUGGAGACACCUUUGGAUUUCUCUCAGCUCGCUCAGCUCCUGGCUCGGAUCCCACCUAUCCGGGAUAAUAGCGUCUAUCUUUCUCACGUUCAGCCUGACUUUCCUCCUGGGUCUGUACAACGCCUUGUCGUUGAUAAUUAAGCUGGACAUCUCUUGGAAAGCGAUCGGCUACCUCUCGGCCAGCACAUUAUCGCUCUGUAUAAUCUACACGCUGUGCGACGCAGGGCAAAAGGGAUCAAAAGAGAUUUCGACCUACGCCUUCCAAGAAGUGCUGAAGACAAAAUUGGCAUCAAACUCUCUAGACAUACGAUACGAACUUUCUCUUUUGAUAAAAUCAAUAGAGGCCAAUUUACCUGAAAUAGAGCUUGCUGGAUUUGUGACUAUGAAUCGUUCAUUGUUCAUAAGUUUUGUCUCGAACACAAUCACAUAUCUGAUCGUCAUUCUUCAAUUUAAAUUCAAUUGAGGCACAGGAAGACUGCAUCAAUACACUUUUAUUUAUAGGUUUUUUGUCACG